AUGAAGAAGUUUUUGGGCAGAUCGUCCAAAAAAGACGACAAGAAGUCGUUGGGAAGCACAGGGAACGCAGGAGAUGUUUCGCCGAAAGCUGUGUCACCUUCUAAGAACUCCACUGAGCUCGAGCCUACUGCAUCGUACACAGCCACCGUUGAGUCUCAGGAAUCCAUUGUUGAACUUCAUCCUAUGUUCAAUGCAGAGACCGCUUCUUCCUCGAAAGACAUUGGUAGAGAUGUCUCUAGCCAAACAUUUACAAAUGACCCGAAUUUGAAUCUAAACCCGGUGAUUCUGAACCCUACCACCACAACUCCGAGCUCGAUGUUCACUAAGGACUCCGAGAACUUGGGCAAGUCGUUGUUUUCCAGAUCUGCAAAGUCCUCGUCUACCAACCAGUCAUCGUACUUUUCAAGGGGUAGUGAUAAAAAGCAGCUGUCGCAACAAAGGCAGCAGCAACAACAGCAGUAUGAAGGUCAGCCUUUGAAGGUGAUGGAUAUACUUGAAGAAUCCAGAGAAGAGCGCCCCGCUGCUGAUGUGAUUGGUGAUAAGCUUCAUAGAUUGUAUGAAGAUGUAUCUUAUAUUAUGAACCAGUAUAGUAACAGUUUGGUGCAUUUGACCACAUCAGUGAUAAAUACUAUUGACUGCUUUAAGGUUUUUGUUCAGUUUGUGAAGGAUACUUAUCCACAGACGGGCACUGAAGACUUCUGGUAUUUUGAUACCUAUAACAAUGUCUAUCUCAGAAAAUUGAUGAAAAUAUACUUAAACUUACACGAUAAUAUCUUAAGAGACGAAGUUUAUAUUAAGUUGAAGCUUUUACUAUUGAAAAACUUCAACGAUUUUGCACUUUCUUUGGAUAGUCAGAGUCGAGGCAGAGCUGGUAGUACCAGUGGAAGAAAUGAUAUCGACAUUUCUAAACCUCAGAAUUAUUCUAUUGGUGUAAAUACUGGUAAGACGUUACCUAAUCAAGAUGUUUUAACUAACAUCAUUAAUAAAAUAACUAAUACUAAUUUGUCGGUAAAGGAACAAAAUGGAUCUUUUAUUGCACCAAUUACUAGAGGAAUAAGCAAACAAUUGAAUAUCUUGUGCUUAUAUUUCGGACACCCUAACCCAACUGAUUACCAUAUGCAUUUAAUUCAAAGACUACACGAUCUUUACGAUGAUAUACAUUUUAUUAGUAUCCGUAAUCAAAUCGAUAUGGCAUCUGCAAAGACCCAAAAAUUACCACAACAGCACCAGCAGCAACAACAACAACAACAACAACAUUCUUCAGUUGAUGCAGGAUUACUCAAACAACAGCCACCUAGGUAUAAGUUUAAAUUGCCAUUCAGACUUCCAACAGAUUUCGCAAAGCCUCCGAUGUCUUUAUCUCUUUCUGUAGAAAAUUCGCUGAGAACUUCAGGAACUUUGGGAGGUUUCAUCUACCCAAUGAUUGAUUUGAAAAAACAACCCGAAUUUGCAAGUUAUUCUUCUUAUUCUUACGCUAUUACUUGUGGCCAUGUAUGCCUCAACAAUAACAACGAAGAGAAUACAGCGUACAGCAAUGUUGCGGUGCCACUGUCGGUUUUAAUAUCUUUGUACAAACAAGCUUUGUUGUCCCAGUACGCCAAAUUUGAUCAUACCAAUGCACAAGGUAACGUUACAAGUGGUGUGGAGAGUAAAGUGGCAUAUGGCACAGUCUUGAAGCAAUUAGAUGAAAUAUUUCCUAUGAAAAGAAUCAAGACACCAAGUAAGCAGCUGACUGAAGUUAGGAACUUACCAAUUCACAGAUUUGGACAAAUUAUUUGGGGGGAGAGAACUUUACUAAAAAUGGAUAGUAAUGGUAAUUCCGAUGAUGAGUUUGUUGAAAAAAGACUUAGUGACUUGGCGAUAGUGAAAGUCAAUAAAGCCCUUAGAUGUGAACUGAACUUCUUAGGAGACGAUAUAGCGUUUAAUGAGUUCGAUCCAGCUUUGAUGUUUGACAAUUUGUACGUUAGAGCAAUUCUUGAUCUUAAUAGAAAUAUUAAUACUAUUGAUAUUGAUGAUGUUGAUUCUACCUUGUCAGGAAAUAAUUUGAACAAUCAUGGUUUGCCUGUAUUUAAGUACGGUUCGACGACAAAGUUUACAAAGGGUACAUUGAAUGGUAUAAAAUUGGUAUACUGGUUAGACGGCACAAUUCAUUCAAGUGAAUUUGUGGUAAACUCAUUAGAAAACAAUUCUGCAUUUGCUGCUGGCGGUGAUAGUGGAGCCUGGAUUUUAGCUAAACUUGAAGAUUGUGAGACCAAUAGAGAAUCGAAAGGUUUAGGGGUUGUAGGUAUGUUACAUUCUUACGAUGGGGAAUAUAAACAAUUCGGUCUAUAUACGCCGAUGUGCGAGAUAUUGGAAAGAUUGGAACAGGUAACAAAUAUAAAAUGGGGAGUUGUGGGUGUACCUGAAAAGGACACUAGUAAUUUGUCUGCUGAAUCUGACAUUGAAUCUAAGACGACUGUCGGAGACGACUCCGAAGACGAUGAUGAUGACGAUGAUGAGAAUAGCUUACAAGGAAUGGAUGGUGCAUUACCACCUGACAUUGACUAA